CUGAAAUUACAGAGGAACCAGGAAGAAAGCCGUGGCCAGUAGUGUCCUUUACUCCCAGACCCGGAAACUUAGUGCCUAUUUGCACCAGCUACAGUGAGGCACUGGCCUCUGCCAGCACAGCCUCACAUACAGUGACCCUAUCUAUAAGCACCGCAGACUGCUGUCCAGCCUCAGGCCUGAGGAUGGAUGUCCUGGAGACCUCCAAGUUGGUGGAUGAGGAGCUAUAUUCACGGCAACUGUAUGUACUGGACAUGCCGGCCAUGCAGAGAAUUCGGGAAGCCAAAGUCCUGCUCUCAGGCCUCCAGGGCCUGGGGGCUGAGGUGGCCAAAAACUUGGUCCUGAUGGGUGUGGGCAGUCUCACUCUGCACGAUCCCCACCCCACCUGUUGGUCUGACCUGGCUGCCCAGUUUUUCCUCUCAGAGCAGGACUUGGAAACAAGCAGGGCUGAGGCAUCUCGAGAACUUGUGGCUAAGCUCAACAAAGGCGUCCAGGUGUCAGUCCACACAGGUGACAUUACGGAGGAGCUGCUGCUGGGCUUCCAGGUGGUGGUGCUAACUACCUCGAAGCUGGAGGAGCAGUUGAAGGUGGGCACUUUAUGCCAUGAGCUCGGAAUCUGCUUCCUGGUGGCCGACACCCGGGGCCUGGUGGGGCAGUUAUUCUGUGACUUUGGUGAGGACUUCACCGUGCAAGACCCUACAGAGGCAGAACCUCUGACAGCUGCCAUCCAGCAUAUCUCCCAGGGCUCCCCUGGAAUUCUCACUCUGAGAAAAGAGACUGAUGACCACUACUUCUGCGAUGGGGAUUUGGUGACUUUCUCAGGCAUUGAGGGCAUGGUUGAACUCAAUGGCUGCGAUCCUCGGCCUAUCCGCGUGCAGGAGGAUGGAACCUUGGAGAUUGGGAACACGGCAACUUUCUCCCGUUACUUGCGAGGUGGGGCUGUCACUGAGGUCAAGAGACCCAAGACUGUGAGCCAUAAGCCCUUGGCUGUAGCCCUGCUCCAGCCCCGUAUUGUGGCCCAGAGUCCCCAGGAAGUUCAUCGUGCCCAGUGCCUCCACCAGGCCUUCCGUGCACUGCACCAGUUCCAGCACCUCCAUGGCCGCCUGCCCAAGCCUUGGGAUCCUAGUUCUACCCCCCAGGUUGAUGCAGAGAUGGUGGUGGGCCUGGCCCGGUCCCUGGAACCACUGAAGGGGACAAAAGGAGAGCCGCUGGAUGAGGCUCUAGUGAAAACAGUCGCCCUGAGUAGUGCUGGUGGCUUGAGCCCCAUGGCAGCCACAAUGGGUGCAGUGGCUGCCCAGGAGGUGCUGAAGGCAAUUUCCAGGAAGUUCAUGCCCCUGGACCAGUGGCUGUACUUUGAUGCCCUCGACUGCCUUCCAGAAGAUGGCGAACCCCUUCCCAAACCAGAGGACUGUGCCCCGAGAGGUUGCCGCUAUGAUGGGCAAAUUGCAGUGUUUGGGGCUGGUUUUCAGGAGAAGCUGAGCUGGCAGCACUACCUCCUGGUGGGUGCUGGUGCUAUCGGCUGUGAGCUGCUCAAAAGUUUUGCCCUAGUGGGCCUGGGGGCUGGGCCCAGCGGGGGCGUGACUGUUGCCGACAUGGACCACGUAGAGCACUCCAAUCUCAGCCGUCAGUUCCUCUUCACAACCCAGGACAUUGGUAGGCUGAAGGCAGAGGUAGCUGCAGAGGCCACUCACCGCCUGAACUCAGACUUGCAGGUGACCCCACUCACCAUGUUGCUGGAUCCCACUACAGAGCAUAUCUUUGGGGACAACUUCUUCUCCCGUGUGGAUGGCGUGGCUGCUGCCCUGGACAGUUUCCAGGCCCGGAAGUAUGUGGCUGCUCGCUGUACCCACUAUCUGAAGCCACUGCUGGAGGCUGGGACGCAGGGCACCAUGGGCCAUGCUUCAGUGUUCAUGCCUCAUGUGACUGAGGCCUACAGAGCCCCUACGUCGACUUUAGCUUCUGAGGAAACUACCUACCCUGUCUGCACCCUGAGAUACUUCCCCAGCAGAGUAGAACACACCGUGCAGUGGGCCCGGAACAAGUUUGAGGGGCUCUUCUGUCUGUCUGCUGAGACCAUCAACCACAACCAGCAGGUGCUUACUUCUCUGGCAGAAACAGAUGGGCCCCAGGUGCUGACUCUGCUGCAGGAGGUGCUGGGCAUCCUGAGAGAGCGUCCACAGACCUGGCAAGACUGUGUGCUGUGGGCCCUUGGCCACUGGCAACUAUGCUUCUGUUAUAGCAUUAUGCAGCUGCUGAACCAUUUCCCACCUGAUAAAGUGCUGGAGGAUGGAACUCUUUUCUGGUCAGGUCCCAAACAGUGUCCCCAGCCCUUGGAGUUUGAUGCCAACCAAGACACACACCUCCUCUAUGUGCUGGCAGCUGCUAACCUGUAUGCCCAGAUGCAUGGGCUUCCUGGCUCACGGGACCAAACGGCACUCAGGGGACUACUGAAAUUGCUGCCAUUGCCUGUGCCCCAGCACUUGGCCCCCAAUUCUCCUAAUGACCUGAAGCUAGCUCCAGCUUCUGCUGAAUAUGGCCCUGAGCAAUUAAAGAAACUGCAAGAAGUCCUAGAAGUCUGGAGCGGGAGCCCUCCCCUAAAGCCCCUGAAGUUUGAGAAGGACAAUGAUAGCAACUUCCAUAUGGACUUUGUGGCAGCAGCAGCAAGCCUGCGAGCUCAGAACUAUGGGAUCCUCCCUGCCAACCGCUCCCAGAGCAAGCGAAUUGUGGGCAAGAUUAUCCCAGCCAUUGCCACCACUACAGCAGCUGUGGCUGGCCUGGUGGGCCUAGAGCUAUACAAGGUGGUGGGCAGGCCCCGGCCCCUCAGUGCCUUUCGCCACUGCUUCCUGCAUCUGGCUGAAAACCGCUUCAACCGCUGGGUACCUUUUGCCCCAGCCAUCCAGAAGUUCCAUCACCUGACAUGGACCUGUUGGGACCGUCUGAAGGUGCCUGCUGGGCAGCCAGAGAGGACCCUGAAAUUAUUGCUGGCCCAUCUCCAGGAACAAUUUGGGCUGAGGGUGAAGAUGCUGCUGCAUGGGAGGUCCCUGCUCUACUCAGCAGGAUGGCUGCCUGAAAAGCAGGCGCAGCGCCUAGCCCUCAGGGUGACGGAAUUGGUACAGCAGGUGACAGGCUGGAUACCUAAGCCAGGGCAGCGGGUACUGGUGCUGGAGCUCAGCUGUGAGGGUGAAGAUGAGGAUACUACCUUCCCUCCCCUGCACUAUGAGCUGUGACAAGGCAGUAGCCCUAUUCCCUGGCUCUAUCAAGCCCUGCAUCCUGAGCCCAUAGUAGGCACUCAAUAAAUACUUGAUGAAGGAG